AUGUUAACACAGGAUCAAGCCACUAUCGGACUGUCAAAUCUACGCAUGGUGCAAGAGAUGCCGUCGAAUCACCACUCGGAUGCCUUCUCCAGCUGGUCGGCGUCUCGACCAACUGUGUUCUUGGUCUUACGGCUACAUUAUCCUGCGGUCGACCGACUUCCUGGUCAACUGCGUGCGUGUAACUCUAAAGAAUUAAUCCUCUGGCUUCUACAACUACCAUCGCUGUUCCAAGACACCGUUCUCGCCACUCACGAAGAACAGAGCUUGACUGCUAUAUUCCACUACAACAACGGGAAUAGAAGAUCAUGA